CAUGUUACUGAUAAACACACAGCUGUAACAUGUCAAUUUAGAAGCCUUUUGCGCAUGCGUUCGUUCUGACCACGCCCCUUUGACUUCCCGACUCUCUGAUUGGUCAGCAGUGAGGAAGCGGGUAAUGGCGGCGUAAACAACACAAGUUGUCGAGCCGAUGCUGAAGAUAAAACUUUACAGUAAAGCUUUAAUUAAACGGCUUAAUGUUUUCGGCUUUAGAGAGAUUUCAGCUCGGUGUGUUAAAACUAUUAAAACCCCGCUGAUUCACUUCCUGGUGAUGUUUAGCCGCUAGUUUGAGCUAACUUUUAGCCCAGUUUGCUAACUUAACGGUGAAGUUGUAUCUAGUCUGAAAGGAUGGACUGCGUGGUGACGGGAGGAAACGUGAAAGUCCUGGCCAAAGCCAUCCACUCCCUGUCCAGGAUCGGCGAUGAGCUGUAUGUGGAGCCUCAGGAGGAUGGGCUGGCCCUGCGGUCUGUCAACUCCUCUCGGUCGGCAUAUGCUUGUUUCCUGUUCGCACCACUCUUCUUCAGCAGGUACACCAUCCCCAACGGACACACCUUCCGCUGCAAAAUGGCAAUAAAGAGUGUGCAGGCCGUGUUCAGGUCUCUAGCGACUCUGGAGAAGACGGUUGAAAAGUGCCACAUCGAGCUGGACGAGCAGAAAAACCGCCUCACCUUCACCCUGCACUGCAAACACGGCCUCAUAAAGACACAUAACCUGUCUUUCCAGGACAGUGAAAGCUUGCAGGCAGUGUUUGAUAAGGACAGCUAUGCCAAUGUGUUUAGAUCCAAUCCCAGGGUGCUGGUGGACACAGUCCAACACUUUCCUCCGUCUCUGGAAGAAGUGACCGUGUCAGUGAGUGAUGAACGGAUGUGGCUCAGGAACCACGUGGAGGAAGAAGCAGACCAGUCUAAGGCCAUGCUGACAGAGCUCUGUUUGGCUUCAGACGAGUUUGACCAUUUUGCCGUCCAGGCUCACAACAGCGUCACCUUUUGUCUGAAGGAGUUACGGGGUUUGUUAGUGUUUGCAGAGUCAACUGGCCUCCCUAUUUCUAUGUACUUUGAUGAACCGGGCAGCCCUAUAGUGCUUUCAGUAACAGACAGUGUCCUGGAGGGGAACUUUGUGCUGGCCACGCUCUCUGAUGACCCCAACCAGCGGAGAAACAACACGAGACGAGCACACUCACAGCUGCCUCCGCCCCCUCCUGAUGACUUCAUGAAUGACGACAUGGACUCCUACCUCAUUGCCAUGGAUACCAGUAUUGCGCCAGGUCCCUCAACUGCAGGUCCGCCCACACCCCCAUUAGCUGAUUCCAUAUGUUUAAAAAAGAAAGCUGAGGCCAAUCACAGGACGAGGCCACACAGUGAGGAUGAAGAGGAAGAAGAGCCGGAUGAUUCAAGCCGACCGCCUAAUAAGAAGUUCUGCUCCUUGUUCUUUGGAUCCGUGCUCCCCCCGUCGUCUCAGAUGACCACUCAACCAGUGACGAGUCAGGAAGUGUUGGCCAGUGACAGCGAGGAUGACGAACAGUGAAAUAGAGUGACAGUGGACUGAUGGAUGAGAGGAGAGACAUGGACUAAAGUGUGUGUUAUAUAACUGUUACGCACAUGCCACCUGCAGCACUAAAAAAGAAAUGGACAUGUUGAACUUUUACUUUCCCAAUCAACGGCCUGUACAAGUGUUGUACAGGGAUUUUUCCUUGGCAAAAACAUGCAAAGACAGUGUACAUUACACAACAGGACAGCUAAUGUGAGUGUGUUCCAACGUUUUAUUGGACUUUAAAAUAUGGGAUUAUGUGAAACUUGACAUGAAGCACUUCCUGUUUAUUUUCAUUCAAAGUCUGUUCGGUUUGUAAUCAAGGUUCAAAAAAAGGCUCCUAAAUAAAAGAAACAUAUUUUUCAAACUA